GCAUCCAGAGAGAGACUCUUUGAACUUUGGAUGCUUUAUUGUACAAAGAAAGAUCCAGAUUACCUGAAGAUGUGGUUGGAUAACUUUGUUUCUAGCUAUGAACAAUUCUUAGAUGUUGACUUUGAAAAACUGCCUACCAGGGUAGAUGAUGUGCCUCCAGGAAUAUCUCUGCUUCCUGACAAUAUUCUGCAGGUUCUGAGGAUCCAGCUGCUACAAUGUGUUCAGAAAAUGGCAGAUGGGUUAGAGGAGCAACAACAAGCCUUAUCACUUUUACUUGUCAAAUUCUUUAUUAUUCUUUGCAGAAAUCUAUCAAAUGUGGAAGAAAUUGGAACAUGCUCUUAUAUUAAUCAUGUUAUCACCAUGACAACACUCUAUAUUCAGCAAUUAAAAAGCAAAAAAAAAGAGAAGGAAAUGGCCGAUCAGACAUCAAUUGAAGAAUUUGUGAUCCAUGCAUUGGCAUUUUGUGAAAGUUUAUAUGAUCCAUAUAGAAAUUGGAGACAAAGAAUUUCAGGACGAAUCCUUAGUUCUGUGGAAAAGAGCAGACAGAAAUAUAAGCCAGCUUCUCUCACAGUGGAGUUUAUUCCUUUCUUUUAUCAAUGUUUUCAGGAAAGUGAACAUCUCAAGGAAAGUCUUAAGUGUUGCUUAUUGCAUCUCUUUGGAGCCAUUGUAGCCGGUGGGCAGAGAAAUGCUUUGCAAGCAAUUUCUCCAGCCACCAUGGAAGUUCUUAUGAGAGUUUUGGCAGAUUGUGAUUCCUGGGAGGAUGGAGAUCCUGAAGAAGUGGGUAGAAAGGUAGAACUAACUCUGAAGUGCCUUACAGAAGUGGUACAUAUUCUUCUCACUAGCAGUUCUGACCAGCGCCAAGUGGAAACCAGUACUAUUCUGGAGAACUAUUUUAAAUUGUUAAAUUUAGAUCAUUCAGCUUUACCCAAUCAAAGAAGAUCCAGACAGUGGGAAAGCCGGUUCAUAGCUCUGCAGAUCAAAAUGCUGAAUACCAUCACAGCCAUGUUGGAUUGCACAGACAGGCCUGUUCUUCAGGCCAUUUUUCUUAAUAGUAAUUGCUUUGAACAUCUCAUACGACUACUACAGAACUGCAAGCUGUUUUUAAAUGCUAAUAAUAAGGUGGCAGACAAGAACGAGAAAGAACUUGCCAACAAAUUACUGACAGAAAUGAAUGAGGACCAGGUGUUCCAGGGACAGUUGGAUUGUUUGGCGGUGUCAACCAUCCAAGCUUUGACAGCAAUAAUGAACAAAUCUCCAGCUGCUAAGGAAAUAUUUAAAGAAAGAAUUGGUUAUACACACAUGUUUGAAGUAUUAAAAUCUCUGGGUCAGCCUCCAUUGGAACUACUUAAAGAACUUAUGAACAUGGCUGUAGAGGGUGACCAUACUUCAGUUGGGAUUUUGGGCAUUAGUAAUGUCCAUCCUCUCUUGCUUCUUAUCCAGUGGCUUCCAGAGCUUGAAUCCCAUGACCUGCAAAUCUUCAUCUCUGAUUGGCUGAAGAAAAUUUGUUGUAUUAAUAGGCAGAGUCGAACUACAUGUGUCAAUGCAAACAUGGGAAUUAGGAUCAUUGAAACCCUUGAUUCCCAUUCUUCCCUUCAUCGAAUUUGUGCUGAGAACUUGAUUGCAAUCUAUGGUUCCUUGGGGAGUCAGUCAGUGAGCUCAGAAGAAAUCCGUAGCUUGCUGAGAUUGCUCAGGGUGGAUCAAUCUGAGUUUAUUCAUCCUUAUACCACUGCUGUGACUCGAGCGAUACUGACAAUGGCCCGAAAACUUAGUCUAGAAAGUGCACUGCAGUAUUUUAAUUUGUCACAUAGUAUGGCAGGAAUUUCUGUGCCCCCCAUACAGAAAUGGCCAGGGUCUGCCUUUUCUUUCAGUGCUUGGUUUUGUUUAGAUCAGGAUCAGUUGACUCUUGGUGUUGCUAACAAAGGAGGAAAAAGAAAACAAUUAUACAGCUUUUUUACAGGAAGUGGCAUGGGUUUUGAAGCUUUUAUUACCCAUUCAGGUAUGUUGGUUGUGGCAGUGUGCACCAGAAGAGAAUAUGCAACAGUUAUGCUUCCUGACCACAGUUUCUGUGAUUCCCUCUGGCACAACGUAACUAUUGUUCACAUGCCUGGAAAAAGACCCUUUGGUCAGAGUCUUGUUUAUAUCUAUGACAAUGGACAACAGAAGGUUUCUGCCCCUCUCAGAUUUCCUGCCAUGAAUGAGUCUUUUACUUCCUGUUGUAUUGGUUCAGCUGGGCAAAGAACCACCACUCCUCCACCAUCUCAAAUUCCAGAUCCACCAUUUUCUUCUCCCAUUACCCCUCAUCGGGCAUCAUUUGGUGGAAUUCUAUCAUCAGCCUCCUGGGGAGGAGCAACUGAAAAAUCAAAAUUAGUUACCAAAUUGAUAUCAGCUGGAACCCAAGACAGUGAAUGGGGAUGUCCCACAUCCCUGGAGGGUCAGCUAGGGUCUGUUAUUAUCUUUUAUGAAGCACUGCAGCCUCCUCAAGUGAAAGCAUUGUAUUUAGCAGGUCCAAAUUGUUUAAGCCCUUGGAAAUGUCAAGAGAAUGACAUGGCCGACCUGCCUGGUAACAUCCUUCUUCACUACACAGCAAAGGCUUGCAAAAAUUCAAUCUGCCUUGAUUUAUCUACUAAUUGUUUGCAUGGAAGAUUAACAGGAAACAAAGUAGUGAACUGGGAUAUUAAGGACAUCAUCAACUGCAUAGGUGGAUUAAAUGUACUCUUUCCUUUAUUGGAACAAAUAAGCCACUUUAGUGAAGGACCAAUUCCUGAAGGAAUGGAUGAAAGCAUAGUUCCUGAAUUGAUAACACCUGUAGAGGGAGAUUGUAUGUUACUGACCUCCACAAAAGCAUCAGAGUCAAGACUAGAGAAAAAUCUGGUUGCAACAUUUAUCUUGAUUAUAAAGCACUUUAUUCAGAGACAUCCCAUCAACCAGGAUAAUCUUAUUCACUCCCAUGGAGUUGCAACUCUUGGUGCCUUACUUCAGAAGGUACCAGGCACCUUAAUGGAUGUCAAUGUAUUGAUGGCAAUUCAAUUACUAAUUGAACAGGUAUCAUUAGAGAAAAAUAUGCCACUCCUGCAACAAAUGUAUCAGUAUUUACUCUUUGACUUCCGUAUUUGGAAUCGAGGAGAUUUUCCCUUUCGAAUUGGUCAUAUACAAUAUCUUUCAACCAUCAUUAAAGAUAGCAGGAGAAUUUUCCGAAAGAAAUAUGGUGUGCAGUUUCUCCUUGAUACACUUAGGAUUUAUUAUGGGAGUAGUUAUAAAUGUAAUGAGCUAUCUCUUGAUGACAUUCGAACAAUAAGGACAUCUUUGUAUGGACUAAUUAAAUAUUUUCUAUGCAAGGGUGGAACUCAUGAAGAGAUACAAAGCAUAAUGUGUUACAUAGCUGCUACUAAUGAAGAAGAACAGCUCUUGGGAAUUUUGGAUGUACUCUUCAGUCUCCUGUGUACCAGCCCAACUAGAGGUCAGCUUUUCUUGCUGCUGUUUGAACCAGGAAAUGCUGACAUACUUUAUGCCUUGCUGUUAAAUCAGAAGUACUCUGACAGACUAAGAGAAAUCAUUUUUAAGGUUAUGGAACAGAUGUUGAAAUGCACAAAUGUUUAUGAACGUAGUAAACAACGUAUUCGACUUAGAGAAGUUGGAUACUCAGGAUUGGGACUCCUCCUUAAUGAAGCAUCAAUUAAUACUUCUCUCAUUAAAAACCUUACCAAUCAAAUCAUAAAUACAGAUCCUGUUACUAAUUUCAAAGAUCUGUUAUCUGUGGUUUAUAUAUCUCACAGGACAUAUGUAAAUGUCAGAGUGGUCCUCUGCAGAAAGAUUUUACAGAUUUUGCAGUCCCAGCCAGAUGCAGCACAUCAGAUGUCACAACAAGUGGGUUGGCAAGACACCCUAGUUAGACUUCUUUUAAAAGAAAAUUUUGAAAAUGAAAAUUCUCUUCAUAAACACAGCAGGGCUGUUUUAAUGAAAGAAAAUAAAAAUAUGUCAACUGAUGAUAUUAAGAGGAACUUCGAUGAAAAGACAGAUGAGGAAAAACUCAACUCUUUUGCUUCAGCUAGUGUGUCUUCAGAUCAGUGGAGUUUGGAGGAUAGACACUCUCUAGAUUCAAAUGCACCAUUGUUUCAAGAAGAUAGUUCUGUGGGAGAAUUGUCUUUCAAGUCAGAGAAUCAGAAAGAAUUCUGGCAUGGUAACCCUUCACAUUUGAGUUUAGAUCUCACUGGAGUUGAUUCAUACGAACUGAGUGAUAGUGGAAAUCAAAUGCCGGAUAGCCUACCUAGCACGCCAUCCCCAAUAGAGUCUACUAAAUCAUUUUCUGUUCAGUCUGACAAAGAGAGUAGCAUCACAAGUGAUAAUGGCUUUAAUGACGACUUCUCUUUACUUGAAAGCCAAGAGAGAUGUGAGGAGGAGCUUCUUCAGUUGGUGACAGAUAUUUUAAGUUAUGUAUUGUGUAAGGGACUAGAAAAGUCUGAUGAUGAUACUUGGACUGAACGGGGACAAGUAUUUUCAGCACUAACUAAACCAGGAAUAUCCAAUGAGCUACUUCGACCAUCAGAUGAAAUAAAACUAAUUUUACUACAGAAGAUGUUAGAGUGGGCGGUCACAGAAAACAGAGAAACAAAAGCUAAUUCUGUAACUGCUGAAAAUGCCUUCCGACUCAUGAUGAUCGUACAGGACUUUCUGCAGUCAGAGGGACUAGUUAACUCAAGCAUGUGGACUGAGAAGCUUUUAGAGGAUAUCAUGCUGCUCUUUGAUUCUCUGUCAGUCUGGUAUUCUCAGAAUCCAGCGUGGGUAAAGCUCUCUCAAAUUCAGAUUCAGAUGCUUCUGGGAUUCAUUGGAAGGGGCAGUUUGCAGGUUUGUGCAAUGGCAUCAGCUAAGCUAAAUACCCUUCUUCAAACCAAAGUGAUUGAAAAUCAGGAUGAAGCAUGUUACAUUUUAGGGAAGCUGGAAAAUGUUCUCAGUCAGUCAAUCAAGGAACAGACUGAAAUCUACUCAUUUCUGAUUCCCCUUGUCCGAACUCUGGUUUCCAAAAUUUAUGACCUUCUCUUCAUGAAUUUGCACCUGCCUUCUUUACCUUUUACCAAUGGUAGUUCCUCAUUUUUUGAAGAUUUUCAAGAAUAUUGCAGUUCAAAUGAAUGGCAAGUUUACAUUGAAAAAUAUAUUAUACCUUAUAUGAAGCAGUAUGAAGCUCAUACAUUUUAUGAUGGUCAUGAGAACAUGGCACUUUACUGGAAGAAUUGUUAUGAAGCCCUAAUGGUAAAUAUGCAUAAACGAGACCGGGAAGGAGGAGAAAGCAAGCUCAAGUUUCAGGAGUUUUUCGUGGAACCAUUUAAUCGAAAAACACGCCAGGAGAACUUGCGGUAUAAUAAUAUGCUUAAACAACUAAGCAGUCAACAGUUAGCCUGUCUUAGACACUGGAAGGCAGUGCGACUCUAUCUUACAUGUGAAAGGGGACCUUGGGCUGAAAGGAAACAGAAUCCAAUUCACUGGAAACUAGCUAAUGUGGAAAAUUAUUCCCGAAUGAGACUUAAACUGGUGCCAAAUUACAAUUUCAAAACCCAUGAGGAAGCUAGUGCCUUGAGAGAUAAUUUAGGUGUCCAACACUCACAGCCUUCCAGCGAUUCAUUGCUUUUGGAAGUAGUGAAACAAGUUAAGGUUAGUGAUAUGGAAGAAGAUAAAUUAGAACUUCUUGAAGAGGACAUAACAGCAAGAAUAAAUAUUGAUGAGAAAGAAGAGCAGGAUCAAAAAGAAAAAUUGGUGUUGACAGAAGACUGUGAAUUGAUUACAAUAAUUGAUGUAAUUCCUGGCAGAUUAGAAAUCACUACACAACACAUUUACUUCCAUGAUGGCAGCAUUGAAAAAGAAGAUGGAGUAGGUUUUGAUUUCAAGUGGCCUCAUUCUCAAAUUCGUGAGAUUCACUUACGGCGCUACAACUUAAGGAGAUCAGCUCUUGAGAUUUUUCAUGUUGAUCAAUCCAACUAUUUUCUAAAUUUCAAGAAGGAGGUUAGAAACAAAGUGUAUAGUAGGCUGUUGUCACUUCAUUCUCCAAAUAGUUAUGGAACAAGAUCACCACAGGAAUUAUUCAAAGCAUCAGGAUUGACACAGAAAUGGGUGAACAGAGAGAUAUCAAAUUUUGACUACCUCAUUCAAAUAAAUACAAUAGCAGGACGAACCUAUAAUGACCUUGCACAAUAUCCUGUGUUUCCUUGGAUUUUACAAGAUUAUACUUCAGAAGAGUUGGAUCUUAAUAACCCCACUGUAUUUCGAGAUCUUUCCAAACCAAUUGGAGUAGUUAAUGAUAAAAAUGCCAAAGCUAUGAGAGAAAAAUAUGAAAAUUUUGAGGAUCCUAUGGGAACAAUUGAUAAAUUUCAUUAUGGAACUCACUAUUCAAACUCUGCGGGGGUCAUGCACUAUCUCAUUCGUGUAGAACCAUUCACCACCCUCCACAUCCAGCUUCAGAGUGGAAGGUUCGACUGUGCAGAUCGACAGUUUCAUUCCAUCCCUGCUACCUGGCAAGCUCUCAUGGAUAAUCCAUAUGAUGUGAAAGAACUUAUUCCUGAAUUCUUCUAUUUUCCAGAGUUUUUGGAAAAUCAAAAUCAAUUUAACUUGGGUCGUCUACAAGUUUCCAGAGAACUAGUAAAUAAUGUCAUCCUUCCCAAGUGGGCUAAGUCAGCUGAAGAUUUCAUCUGUAAACAUAGGAAAGCUCUGGAAUCGGAGUAUGUUUCAGCUCAUCUUCAUGAAUGGAUAGAUCUCAUUUUUGGUUAUAAACAGAGGGGACCAGCUGCAGUGGAGGCACUCAAUGUUUUUUAUUACUGUAGUUAUGAAGGAGCUGUGGAUCUGGACGCCUUAACAGACGAAAAAGAAAGAAAAGCCUUAGAAGGAAUGAUUAACAACUUUGGGCAAACACCUUGCCAAUUGUUAAAGGAGCCACACCCUCCUAGAUUAUCAGCAGAGGAAGCAAUACAGAAGCAGACCAAAACAGAUGCUUCAACCCUAAACCUAUUUCAACACCUCCCUGAACUCAAGUCAUUUUUUAUAGAGGGAAUUAGUGAUGGUAUUCCACUAUUAAAAGCCAUUGUCCCCAAAAAUCAGUCUCGUUCUUUCAUGUCUCAAGGCAGUCCUGAGUUACUGAUAACAGUAAGCAUGAAUUAUGUUAUUGGAACUCAUGGAUGGCUGCCUUACGAUAGAAGCAUUUCUAAUUACUUUACAUUCAUCAAGGAUCAAACUGUGACAAAUCCAAAAACUCAGCGUAGUAUGAAUGGUCCUUUUGCUCCCGGGCUGGAGAUCACUUCUAAGCUAUUUGUAGUAUCACAUGAUGCAAAGUUGCUCUUCAGUGCUGGACACUGGGAUAACAGCAUUCAAGUGAUGUCACUUGCAAAAGGCAAAGUUAUCUCCCACAACAUCAGACAUAUGGAUAUUGUGACUUGCUUAGCUACAGAUUACUGUGGAAUACAUUUGAUUUCUGGUUCCAGAGAUACCACUUGUAUGAUAUGGCAAAUAAUACAACAGGGAGGCGCGCCUGUGGGCUUAGCAUCUAAACCUUUUCACAUUCUUUAUGGACACACUGAUGAGGUAUUGAGUGUUGGCAUCAGCACUGAACUAGACAUGGCAGUGUCAGGAUCAAGGGAUGGCACCGUGAUUAUACAUACCAUUCAGAAAGGUCAGUACAUGAGGACUUUACGACCACCAUGUGAGAGUUCUCUAUUCCUGACCAUUCCCAACUUGGCUAUAUCUUGGGAAGGAUAUAUUGUAAUCUACUCUAGCAGUGAAGAACCGACCAUCCUCAAGGAUAAGAAUGCAUUACACUUGUUUUCUAUAAAUGGCAAGUAUCUAGGGUCUGAAGUCCUAAAGGAACAAAUAUCAGAUAUAUGUAUAAUUGGAGAACACAUCAUCACAGGCAGCUUACAGGGAUUCCUGUCUAUAAGAGAUCUCCACAGUUUGAAUCUCAGCAUCACUCCAUUAGCCAUGCGAUUGCCUAUCCAUUGUGUUUGUGUAACCAAAGAAUACAGCCAUAUUCUUAUAGGUUUAGAAGAUGGCAAAUUGAUUGUAGUGGGUGUUGGCAAGCCAGCCGAGAUGCGCUCAGGUCAGCUUUCUCGAAAAUUGUGGGGAUCUAGCAAGCGACUCAGCCAGAUUUCAGCUGGAGAAACUGAAUAUAAUACUCAAGAUUCCAAGUGAUUAUUAUUUCCAUCUUCUGUGAUAAAUAACUGAAACUUGAUUGAUUGCUUUGUCACUUUAACCACAUCUCUCAACUUUCUGAAAGGUUUUAAGGUCUGUUUGUCCCUGAAAAUAAUUUUAGGGAAUGCCACGAUUUGGUAUGGAGUAUAUAAAGAUGUAGGUUGUAUUCUUAUCCUUUUUAAA